ACCUACCUAAGUAGGUAAUAUUAUGGGGCAAGUAUUCGAGUACAACUUUCUCAGACCGCCAAUAUUUCUUGUUGCAUGAAGAUGCAAUUUGCUCUGGCCUUUUCCUUCUUCUCUUCUUCUCAAAAGAUCUAAAAUCUCGUGCUCGUGUUAGAAAGAGCUUGUUUCCCAUCUCCUGGGCCGAGCGUCCCUCUGCAUUCCUCCUUCUCUGGGUUCAUUGUGCAGCGGCAGCUAGAUUCAUCAUCUAGCACCAUGAAAUGAAAACCUUCCUCAGCGGGCUUGCCUCCCUUAUGGCUUAUUCCAACGUUUGGGCUAUGAGCAUCACUGAGAUGCCCAGAGCUGAACCGACGAGCACACAGCCACAGCCUGAUCCCUGGACAUGUGUGACGGAGAACAUCACACAAUACUUUGAUGUUCCCAGGCCGACUGGCACACUAUUGGAUGCCAUCCUAUCCUACGGCGAUGAACUCAUCGCACCGUGUGUAAGCACCGCAACGGCAUUGGAUAUCCUCUCCUGUACAGUCUCGGAGACUUCAGCGUGGUGCGGUUUCGCCACCGCCGCACCGGAACCGGUCCUCGGCGACUACUCAUCGUACGGAAGCGCCGCGGCUCAAUUCUGGCAGGCGAAGAGCGAAACCAUAUCCAUAAUUGCCUCCGAAUGUCCUGUUGGGUGGUCAAAGCCCGGCUUAACCGAGCAGGCUUGGCUGAAUCAGACUAUCGCCCACGCCGAGUGCUACAUUGUGGCGCAUCCCGCAAACACGACGACCGAUUCUUCGACACCUACGGCCCCUUCAACUGCUGUUGGAGGAGCAGGUCCGAGUAGUCCGACCUCGACUCCGAAUGGAAUUAUUGGUCGAAAUCGGGGUACCGAGGCGUUCCUACUUGCAAGUAUUGGUGUUGCAGCUGCUAUAAACGCAAUGUGGUAGUAAUCGAAGGCAGGCUGAGAUAUUGAGGCUAUUAAUGGGCAUUUAGAUUCUAAGUGGUACAUUAUUUAAAUAUUGAAAUAACAUCGAAUAUCAAUGCUUUCGGGGAAAAUGGAAAAGGGGGUUGAGGGGUUGAGCCUUCCACUACCAAGUCUAGUCUAUCCCAUAUAAGUACCUUAAGUAGCUGAUCUAUACAUAAAUGUAUAUCAUACUCUAUUUAAGAGACAAUAAAGAAAUGUGGGUUGAAAUUCAUGCCACCAUGGGGCGUUUUAUGGCGUCAAUGGCGGGCAAUGUAGGUACUGAUUC